AUGGAGAAGAUGGAAGGUGUUGAGACGACGGAGAAUGAGACACAGAUACCACCUCUUCUGAACGAGGACGAGAGGCGGAUCUUGGACGCGUAUGACCGACUGGAGGAGCUGCAACUCGAGAUUGCCUUGUUGCAAGCCCAGGGAGUCUUAUCCAAGGAAGUGCCUCAAGAAGCCUCGGAGAAGGAUAUUGCCGCAGCCAAGCAAGAGCUCCUCCAAGCGAAAUCUCACUACCUGUUACGGAGCAAUGUGAUUGAAAGUGUCCUGAUCGCACCCCCAAUCCUGCAGGCAGUCCACGCAGGCGACAAAGCCACGGUCGUCGAGCAAGACCUUUUCCCCUUGAUCCAAAAAAGAGACCAGCUAGCGAUCAACCUGACCAAAUUAUCGACGGAAGCUCGCUCAGCAAGGGACGAGUUGACCAAAGUUGAAGUCGAGAAUGUCAUGAUUGUUCGCCGCAACGCCGAGCUGGCCACGACGAUGCUUGCCCUGGCCGAGGAAGCCGACACGCAGCGGAAGGAAGAUAUUCAGGACCCGGCGCUACGGCACCAGCUGGAUGAGCUUGAAGCAGAGAUGAAGCGGAGUCGUCAGAAGUGGAGGAUUAUGAAGGGGACGGCCAGUGCUAUCAUUGCCGGGAGUGGGGUGGACUGGGCGCGAAAUCCGGAUUUGUUGGAUAUCGUACUGGAUAACGAAGGCGAGUGA